CAUUAUUGCAACCGCACCUAGCUUAGGAGGAAAUACAGGCGAUUUGCCACAGCCAUAGGUAACAGUUUAAAGCGGGUAAUUUUUUUCAGCCGUCACAGGAUGCAUGACUGUGAAGAGUACGCAGCUGCGAAAAAUGUUAACCUCCUUGCAUAGAUUGUAACAGAAUGGUAUUUUGUAGAGAUCAAGAACAAUCUGUUGACACAUUAUUGAGAGGGGGAUUUAUCACGAAAAUAUUUUGAAUUCGUACAAAUCGGUAGCAUUGUAAAAUACCGAGGUCAGGUGUCUUUAUGCAACAUGGAUUAUAAAAUCCAUUCUAACGCAUUUUUACACUUUCAAAGGGGGAGCACAGCUUUGGACUUUAAUGGAUAAAAAUGGGUCGAAUAGAUGCAAUUUCUGCAUAUAUGUACGCAGGUUGGAGUACCUCGUGGGAUCAUGUGAGAUAGCUAUAGCCACAACAUACAGGUACUUGGCAAGUAAGUUGAGUUAACAUGAGUUAACAUUAUUAACAUAAAUAUUAGUUUUACAUAACACGCUGUGCAAACUGGAUUAUGUAUGUAUGUAUGCCUCUCUCUCAAUCUCUCUGAGAGAGAGAUCAUUUAAGAGAGUGUAGUAUAACAUAUUAAGACAAUAGUGACAUGAUGAAUACAUUUGCGGGGUCGGCUGCAGAGCAUUUAUCAGCACCUGCUUGGGAGGGCUCUUCCCUUGGGAAGUAUUCCAAGCAGACUACGCGGUUUAGUUACAAACCUGGGUAAAUCCAUGUAUGUGGUAAACCUGCUAAAAGAAGAGCCCUAUGGUGGUGUUUUGCUUUGAGAAUGAAUUCAUAGAGUUCUUCUAUUAGGAGGUUUACCACUUAGGCCUACUCCAACUUAAUUUAACAAGGUUUGUCACUAACCACGCACGAAUGUUCUCACUCUCCUCCUAACUCUCUAUUCAGGGAAAACUCCCUAAACUGUCUAAAUAAUUAAUCCACGAGGUGGUAUUGUUUGAUGAUAGGCUAUGUUGGGUCGUGUUUAUGUUAAUAAAAGGUAAAAGUUGCGUGCGUGUCUAAAACUACAUAUUUAAAACCCGCCUUUCGUAACGCUGUGUUAAUGCAGGAUUUUAUUCAUCGUCAGCUCUAUAAUUAUUAAAUGAAAUAUCUUAAACCUGCACACCGCUAUGUAUGUUGGGCUGACUGACUGACAGAUUUGACACUGCCUAUAGGGUGAUGUCUCCGACUCUGGUACAAAUAUUACAUAGCCUAUAUAUUACUGGUACAAAUAUUACACGGACGAUGUUUGCCCAGUUUAGCUUGAUCCAUGUCCCCUUUGAAAGGCCUUGCUCUUGCAAAUCGCUAAAACCAGUAGGUGGCACUUUAGAAUAAGGAUUUAAUUCCCUCUUGUGUUCUUUUAGGACGUGUGCUUUUCAAUUGUCAUGGUAAUAUGAAUAAGUAGACUGUGGCUUGGAAUCCAUUUCUUGUAGAGUCUACUGUAACACACUUUAUGUUAACACGUACCAAUUUUUCCCCCUAUUAUUUGAUGUAGGUCAAAAUCAAUCUAGAGAGGAUUCAGUGCAAUGGCCAGAGUUAUAGUGAGUUUUUGGAAAAGUGCAUAUUUGACAAGCAAUGUGAAUUUAACUGCAAUAAAUAGCCGCUCUGGAUCCACUCUCAGUGAAGAAAUAUGCUUUCUGUGGUCAUUUUCACAUUGUGUGCUUGCGUAAGGACUGGUUUACUGAGCCAAAUCCCACUCCACUGUACUGAUAAAUCCUGUUACCACAUGGCCAGGAGUGGACGAACUUUGUGUUGACCGGAAACUGCAGAAACACACAUAAUUAACCAUGUCUUCAUCUGACCUAAGUCCUUGUUCCAAAGUCAUUUAUCUUUACUUUUUCUAAUAAUAAUAAAAAAAGGUCAAUAGUGCGCUCGGUGUUAUCCUUGAAAAGCUUCAGUCCUCAUCUAACACCAUACCCAUCAGGAAUUAAAAAUAGCAACAUGGGAACGCAGCAUGUUGUUUUCUGAUUGCACCACCUUUCGCCUUCAAGGGUGUGAGGGUUUGUUCUAUAAGCUCUCAGGCGUCGUAAUGGAUGUUCCUGAUGAAGUGGCAGACGUUCAUAAUCGGUGCCCCUGUCUUAUUUUAGGGACUCACACAGAACGAUUUUGAUUAAUGGUGUAUUGGACAUCUGCUUGCAAUGAGACGAAGAGCAAUUUAGAUAAACCACAAACUAAUAAACAAGGCCUUAGUAAACAUCUCUGGGUCUAUUUCCUCUCACCUUGAAGUUAACAUUUCCUCUACGUUGAUGCCACAGCAGGUGUUUCUUCCCAUAGGGUCCUGACCUUGUGGCAAAUGAUUAACCUAAACAAGGCAAAGCCAAAUAUAUCCUUUCUGGACGGUGCCAUGUAUAAAAAGAGCCAUUCCAUUUGCCGUGCACCUCUUCAGCCGAUUCUGAGUUGAGACUGAGGGUUGAGCUGUCAUGGCGUUCGUUCAGAUGACUGGAGUCUGUCUCCUGGCCGUCCUGGCCCUGGGGCUGUGUGCGCAUCCAGAGAAGCCGUUUCUGUCGCGAGCGGGUGUGAUGCAUAACAGCAGGCCCUACUCCUCCAUGCUCACAGUCACAAACGGGGAACAGUUUGGCGACUGGACAUGGCCGGAGAUGUGUCCCCCAGAUUACUUUGCGGUUGGAUUCAGCUUGAGGGUAGAAUCUAAGCAGUAUGUACUGGAUGACACUGCUCUGAAUGGAAUUCGUCUCAUCUGUGGUAGAAAUGAGGACAGAAGCUUCCUCUACACAGUGGAGUCCCACACUGGAUUCUACGGUGACUGGACCGCAACCCAGUACUGCCCCUCUGGCUACCUGACCUCCUUCCAGCUGCGCGUGGAGUCCCACCACGGCAUCAUCAGGGACGACACCGCUGCCAACAACAUCCGCUUCCGCUGCAGCAGCAACCCCACCCUGGAGGGCCAGGGCUUGGACUGGGGCGAGUACGGCCACUGGAGCUCCGAGUGCUCCGAGGGGGGCAUCUGUGGGAUCGAGACCAAGAUGGAGGAGCACCAGGGCGGCCUGGACGACUCGACCCUCAAUGACGUCCGCUUCCAAUGCUGCUCCCAGCAGUAAGAGCCCUGCUGAGAGGCAGAUUCGGCUGAUCCAGACGUCUUCACAUUUGUUGGCAGUUUGUGAAAACCACAGGAUGUUCACAGAGGAGACUGAAGGAAAUGAGACAUUCACAAAUAAAUGCAGCAUGUAGCUCACCACUUGGAAAUCUCA